CGAUUGUUCAAGCUUUGUAUUGGCAGGAGAAUGUGCCUUCCGUAGUCGAAAGUCCUCCAGUCAAGAGAUAUGUGGAAGAGGUAUUGUUAGGUAAAUUGGACUCAGUGGUUCAUGCCGCGGAAGAAUUGUAUCAGUGCAAGAUAUUGAUUGAUUUGUCCGGUAGAGGAACUGUGUGCCUUGUAUUGUUGUCGAAACGGAGGACAAUUCCUUGGAUGCGUGUCGCCGUACCUGUGACAGACUCGGGAGAAAAAGGAAACGAACAGAGACAGCCACACAGACAGAAGAAAGGAAUGCAUCUGGAAUGCAGUCAAUCAAUUGCGGCGAUGCCUGAACUAUUGUACCCCUAUGCAUGUAAUUGUUAUUUAAAUAUCGCAUAUACACGUAUAUCAUAAGUGGCGAAAUACGACGAGAAUCGAGCGGAACACGGAUCAGUAAAGAAUGAAAGAUUGAAGAUGAAGCAGGAGUGUUUGGGGAGGGGUCAGAAAGCAAAAGAGCGUUUAGAUGAG